AUGCAAAAAAAUCAUCAACAUCUUGUACGGCCAUGUGCUGUCUUUCUUGAACGUUUAAAUGAUACAUUUAUACCUUCAAAACGUUAUAAAGUCGAUGCUGAUAUUAUAUAUCGAUCAUCAAAUGAACAAUCUUCACAUCAUAAUAAUGAUGAAUUAUCUGUUGAUGUUCUUAUGUUACCAAAUAAUAAAGUUAAAAUAUCUUCAUCAUCAACAUUUGAAAAUAUAUCUAUAAAUUCAAAUAAUCAAAUAACAACAAAUGAUGAUAUAAAACCAGUUGUACGUAUACGUCCACAUCAAUCAUCAAUUGAUUCUAAUGAAUAUGAUACUUCAAUAAUAUCUAAACGUCAUAAUUCUUUACGUCGUAAUGAAUCAUCAACAUCAAAUAAAUAUGAUAAUGAUUUAUAUUUAUUUAAUAGUACAUUUGAUUCAGGUGAUGAACUUGGUGUAGAUUUAAAUGAUGAUGAUUUAGCAUCAAUAAAUCAUGUAUUAGAUUUUGAUGAUGAUGAUGAUCUAUCAAAUUUUGAUGAUGAUAAUCAAAAUUUAUCAUUAACAACAAAUAGUAAUCAUGGUUCAAUUAAUUAUCAUUCAACACAAUUACCAGAUUUAGUUAUGGGUUCAAUACGAUCUGAAAAUGGUAUUAAAUCUGAACCAUCAUUUCAAUAUAGUGAUUUAUUUAAUCGUAAAGGACGUACAUUUGUUUGUGAUGAACGUGGAAAUCGUGUUGUAUCUGUUAAACUUGAAAAAUUAUCAGCAAAACAUUUAAUUGAUUCUAUUGAAAGAAAUUUAGGACGUUUAAUUUUAGAAGAAUGUCGUCGUGGUGAUUUACAAGCACAUAUUUUAAAAGUUGUUUUUAAAGAUGAACAAGAAUUUUUUGAUUUUAAUCGUUCAGCUAUUGUUUCAAAACAUUCAUUUAAACAAUGUCCAGAAAUGUAUACGAGAUUUCUUGAAAGUUUAUUUGAAUCACAAACAUAUACAAAUGAUAGUGAACAUGAUCCACUUGGAUCUGAUGAAGUUGAUCAAUUACAUCAUUCAUAUUGUUGUAAAGUUCAUGAAUGUGGUGAAACAUUUACUUCAAGAUCUGAAGCAUUAAAACAUGCAAAAAAACAUGCAGAACUUGAUCCAUUUGAUUUUGUUUGUGAUCAUUGUGGAAAAAAAUUUCUUGGUAUUGCUAAUAUGAAACGACAUUUACGUGUUCAUAUGGGUAGUGAAGGAAAAGAUUUUGCUUGUCCAUUAUGUCAUUAUCGUGGUUGUACAACGACACAUGUUAAACGUCAUAUGGCACAUAAACAUUUAGAAAAAUCUAUACCAUGUCCAUAUUGUUCAUUUAUGGCUGCAACAAAUGCUGAUCUAAAAAUUCAUAUGGCUCGUAGACAUUGGGAUAUAGAAGGACUUGAUAUAUUAAAUAAUUUACCUAAAACAUAUAAAAAAGAAUGGAAAUGUAAUAAAUGUGAUACAGUUUUUCAUGAUUAUUCUGAUUUUCAAAAUCAUAUUUAUAGUCAUUCAAGUCAAACAAAUAAAUUUCAAUGUAAUCUAUGUCCAUAUAAUUGUAAAAGUUUUUCAAAAUUAAAACGACAUAUGCUUUAUCAUCAAGGUCAACGUAAUUAUGAAUGUCCGAAAUGUAAUAAUAAAUUUUAUCAAAUGGAACAUCUUAAACGUCAUUUAACAUCGAUACAUAAAUUAAAUAUUCCACAAAUUGGUCGUGGAAAUCGUUUAUUUAGUUCGGAUAUAUUAAAACGGCAUUCGGAUAUGCAAAAUAUUCCACCACCACACGGAACUGUACCUCAAUGUUAUAAAGUCAUUUCAAAAUGUGUAUUUACAUGUCAAAAAUGUCCAUUUUCAACAACGAAACUUUAUCAUCUCAACGAACAUGUUAAAAGUGAACAUUUACAACUCGAUGAUUCAGCACAUGUUUGUACUUUUUGUUCAUAUAUAACAGAUAAAAAAACGAAUCUUAAACGUCAUUUACAUCAUAAUCAUGCUGGUCAAUCUAAUACACCUGUACUUUUAUCGAAUGAUGCUCUUUUAUCAAAUCCUAAUACAAAAUUUCAAUGUGGACUUUGUCGUCGAUAUCAAAGUAAUGUUGAUGAAUUUAUUAAACAUAUUACAGAAAAACAUCGUAUGGAUGUUGUUAUAUUAGAUUCCGCUAAUAAUGGAAAUAUUCAUCAACAGAUAAAAUCUCGUGGUCGAGCUGAAUUAAUAUGUGCAAGUAAUAAUUCAACACCAUUUCGAUUUGAUGAAUACGGUGGUCUUGUUACUGUUAUGAAAAAUCCAAAUGAUACAACAAUAAAUAAUUCAAAUAAUUCAACAACAGAUUUUCUACUUCAGCAAUAA